AUGGGUACAGGUUAUCAUGGCUUGCAGUUGAACGAAAACGUAAACACCAUUGAAAACGAGAUACGCCACGCCAUUUUCAAUGCAGGAGCCAUCCGCGAGUCGAAUCUUGAGGAUUUGGGAAAGAUCGACUGGGCCAGAAGCAGCCGCACGGAUAAAGGUGUGCAUGCUGGCUGCAUCGUGUUCUCUGGUAAGCUAUUGAUCGAUGAGGAAAACAAGGUGGAUCCUGCAUCAGGUCGUGUGAAAGGACUUGCGGAGGCGCUGAACACAUCGCUACCGGAAAACAUCCGCGUAUUCUCCUGUACACGUGUCAAUAAGCGUUUUUCUGCGCGCAAGAACUGUGUACUGCGUGAGUACGAGUACUUCAUGCCGCUGUCGUUCUUGCAACGCAGCGCUCUUGGAUCGGACGAAGAAGCUGAGUUUGACACGGAUGAGGCUGUCGCUAAAUUCUGCCGCGCGCUUCGCCGCUAUGAGGGAGUCAAUGAUUUUCACAAUUUCACGCGCUCUAGGUCGCAAUUUUACAAGCUGCAGGCAAAACGGGAACAGUGGAAGGCACGAAACCAAGAAGAUGCAGCUGAUACUAAGCCGGUUGACGACGACGACGACGUGGUAGAUGAAUUGGUCGACAUUGAUGAGGAAGAAGAGGAAGAAGAGAGCUCAACUGUCAACAAUAACUUUGAAGAGUCCAGCCAGUUUGGAGACGGAGAAGCACUGACUCGCAAACUCUUGCUUCGUCAUCGCCGAUCGGUUUACUCGUGCUCGGGCAGUCUCGUUCACAAUUUCUGUGGUGAGCCAUUCUUACGAGUACAUAUUGUCGGACAAGCGUUCUUGCUGAACCAGAUCCGUUGCAUGAUCGGUGGCGCCCUUGCUGUGGCAACAAAGGGCAUGUCCCGUGUUGCAUUCGAUGCUGCGCUGUUGACAAACCGCAUCGUUCGCGUUCCGAUUGCUCCGGCCGAAGGGCUUGUUCUUCUUAGCAGCUCGUUCGGAGGCAAACUUCACACCGUCUCACUUUAUGAGGAUUUGAACACGAGUCUUGCAAAAGAGCGCAAGAACCUGACACAUCGGGUUCUUUUGAAUAGCCGUGAGGACAAAAAAAUGAAAAAGUUUCGCGAGGAAGUGAUCUACAAGGAGAUCUCACGCAAGUGGGAUAUGGAAGAAAAGAUGGACCGAUGGCGUGCUUAUCUUGAACGGUGCUACGUAUCAAAUGAACGCCUUGACGAAGACGAGUUAUCGAGUAUGCUGUAUGAACUAGAUCAAAGGAAGCUUGCAAUUCAGAAGAAGAACCAGUCUUUCAUUGAGCGGAACCGUAUUGACCUGACUGAGACGGGGCGUCAAGGUGCAUUGCUACCCAAGCAAUUUACUACAAAACUCUGUGUUCGAUACAAUGUGGCUCCAGGUAUUUUCACUUCCGACUUGCGUCGUGCAGUGACACGGCAUUUGAAGACAGGUAAAAUCAAACUUGAUGCAAAUGAAGAGAAAAUCAUGGCUUAUAUUGAUACAUACGGCUCAAGAAAGCUUGCUAUGGAGGGACGGAAGCUACGAUUGAGCAUUCGAUCGUAA